AACAAGAAAUUAAGAAAGCAAGAGGUAUCACCACAUCUCCAGCAAAAAUUGGAUGAGGUAUAUGAUGUGACCACUUGCCCUUCCUGCAGAGAGAAAUUUAAACGCAAGACACACGUUAUUCGACAUUUGGUUGAAGUACAUCAUGGAGAAGAACCUUAUAGAUGUAUUGUUUCUGGUUGUAAACGUACAAAGGCAUAUGCUACUAGGGAAGGGCUUGUUUAUCAUUUAGUUAGCUAUCACGACGAA